AUGUACUACGAGCGGACUCUGCCAACCAUAGAACUGGAGAAAACAUUUACAUAUCCUCUGUCUUUCGUAUUUGAAAAUGUCGAUGGCAGACUCGCUGUUGUGUUUGGUGCAACUGACGAAAUUAAAUUGGGCUCGUGUGUCCUUGGAGUGAACGGUGUUAAUGCCAGUGGUACCACUCUUGAGGAUGGCCGGGAUAUUUUGGAGCUUUUUGCAAAUCCAACAAACUUCCCUAUUUCGAUUCGCCUUGGAACGCCUAAAUUGCGCCCCAACGAUCGGAUCACUGUUGCUAGCAUGUUUCAAGCGAUCCACUAUAUGUCUCGAGUUCUAACACCAAUUCCAUCUAGCGCAGAAAGUCAGUCUGCCUCAAAGAACAUGGACUUAAAGCAGCCUUCUGGUAUACAAACUAUAGAGACGCCCGAAUGCCGCAUACACUGUUAUGAGUCAAUUACUGGAACUAAAUUUCUACUAGUCACAGACCAUCGUAUACCCUGUGCAGCACGAGACGCUCUCAAAUUAGUCUACGAGGCCUACACCGACUAUGUGCUGAAGAAUCCCUUUUACGCGCCUAAUCAACCCUUUAAUUUUGAAUUCUUCAAUACACGUCUUCAGACGAUUUGUGAACGUGUAGAAAAGGGCAUUUAUACUAAUGUUUGA